ACUGCAUGUGUGUGGGAACUUCCCUUCCGGUUGUGGAAGGAUCCGCAGGAGUCUGGAGUGGUGUCUCAGACUUACCUUGCACCUGUUAACUGAGGAGUAAGAGGAUUCCACCAGCACAUCUGGCCAGUCACUUUCUUGAAGAGGAUCCUGGGUGAUAACAGUGCCGUGGGAGUGUGCUGCACCCUCGUACCCUUUAGAAUCACCAGCAGGAAGUAGACCAAGAUGUUGGCUGCCUGCCUCUCCAGACCCCUGUCACAGCUCUCAGGAAAAACCACAAGCAUCUGUGGUAGAGAAAAUGGAAUAAGGCAUGCACUGUUGCUUUGCUCAGCAUCCUUUACCCCGAUCAGCCGUCGGACCUAUGCUAGUGAGGUGAACCCGGUGGGCAGCAAAGCUGUCCUGGUCACAGGCUGUGACAGUGGAUUUGGGUUCUCCUUGGCCAAGCAUCUUCAUUCAAAAGGCUUCCUUGUGUUUGCUGGCUGCUUGUUGAAGGACAAAGGAGAUGCUGGAGUUCAGGAGCUGGACAGCUUGAAGAGUGACCGGCUAAGAACCAUCCAGCUCAAUGUAUGCAACAGUGAGGAGGUGGAGAAAGCCGUGGCCACGGUCCACUCAAUCCUAGAUGACCCAGAGAAAGGAAUGUGGGGCCUGGUUAACAAUGCGGGCAUCUCCACAUUCGGAGAGGUGGAGUUUACCAGCAUGGAGACCUACAAGGAGGUGGCAGAAGUGAACCUCUGGGGUACAGUGCGGACAACGAAAUCCUUCCUCCCCCUUCUCCGAAGAGCAAAAGGCCGUGUGGUCAACAUUAGCAGCAUGCUGGGCCGCAUGGCCAAUCCGGCCCGUUCCCCAUACUGCAUCACCAAGUUCGGAGUGGAAGCCUUCUCUGACUGCCUGCGCUAUGAGAUGUACCCACUGGGUGUGAAGGUCAGUGUGGUGGAACCUGGCAACUUCAUCGCUGCCACCAGCCUCUACAGCCCUGAGCGCAUCCAAGCCAUUGCCAAGAAGAUGUGGGAUGACCUGCCUGAGGUUGUGCGCAAGGACUAUGGCAGGAAAUACUUCGAUGAGAAAAUUGCCAAGAUGGAGACCUAUUGCAACAGUGGCUCCACAGACACGUCCUCUGUCAUCGACGCUGUCACGCAUGCCCUGACCGCCCCUACCCCGUACACUCGCUACCACCCCAUGGACUACUACUGGUGGCUCCGAAUGCAGAUCAUGACCCACAUGCCUGGUGCAGUCUCUGACAUGAUCUAUAUACACUGAAGAGUUUCCUGGCAGCCUCUGUCUAAUGAGCCUUGGUGGUGGGGAGGUAGAUUGGGGGUGGGGGAGUUUGUAUAGUCACUCUUGAUUAACCACUACUCAUGGAUUGCGCAUUGUCCUAGGAAGACCCAUUUUAGUAGUGGCCCCACUUGACUUGUUCAUAUGGUGAAUGGCUCAGGCCUUCACAGUGGGGGGCAGGCAGGGGCCCCUAAGCCUCAGGGCAAAUAUGGUGCAUCUCUUGUCACGUGUCAAUUUCAUACAGAGUUUUCUGGGGUAAAUAUCUGUAUAUUAAAAAUUGAUUUAUUAAUAGAAUA